AUGGACAAGACCAAGUGGCAAAGAUUGAUGAGUAUAGAUCCCUUGGGUCUGACUGAAUUGCAGAAACGCAAUCUGGUUGACCGUCUCAAACGUCGAGUUACAUUUAUUAAACACAAAUCUAAUGGUCGAACUUAUGCUCGCAUCUAUUAUCUCAAUUUAUCCGAAGACGCGAUUCAUUACCAAGGAUCAUCACAUCGUUCCAAACACGAAGCAUGUAAGAUCAACGAUAUUAAUCAGGUUCGAUCCGGUUUCACUACGACUGUUUGGAAGAAACAUUUACGUAAAGGAAGAAUUACGAACGAUAAGAUUCACUUAGCAUUUUCGAUUCUCUAUGACAAUAAUCGGCAUUCGCUUGAUCUACUUGCUGAUUCGGAAGAAAUUCGUUCACAAUGGAUUCAAGGCCUCGAAUAUCUGAUUGGUCGUUAUCGUUCUCAUGUUCGUUCUCAUUACGAAAUAACUGAUCGAUGGCUUUGGUCGUUGUAUUCGGAAGCCGAUCAUGAUCAUUCCGGCCAUUUAAAUCGACGCGAAGUUCGACGGCUUCUGUUCUUACUCAAUAUCGAAUUGGACGAGCGAGAAAUCGAUCAGUACUUUAAUCAAGCCAAUAUUCGUCGAGAUAACUAUGACGAAUUAAGAAAUUUAGACAAAGAUGAGUUUAUUUCAUUCUAUAAAUUUGUUUCAUAUCGACCGGAAUUAAUUAAAAUACUUUGUCAGUACAAUGGCAGCACUCCGAAACAGUUGGCAGACUUUCUUGCUAAGUACGAAGUUCUCUCGACAUUGUCGCAUGCCAAUCCACUUGGUCAACCGCCGGAUGCGUUAGCAAAUAGUUGUUGGAAAUCCUCGUCGAAAAGUCAGCCAUCUAAUGCUCAGCCGCGAUCGAAAGCACGAAAGAAAACUGACACGCGUCGCUCUCCAUCAUUGACGAAGACCGUUCACGACAAUAAUUACCUCACUGUUGAGCAAUUUCAAGAAUUCUUGCAGAAAGAACAACAUAUGCGAGAUGUGACCAUCGAAGAUUGUUCGAAAUUAAUCGCGAAAUUCGAACCAUCCGACGAAGGACCGACCUGUGAAGAAAUCGGUGUCGAUGGUCUGCGGUUAUUCUUACUUCAUGACGAAUUUUGUCUAAUGAAUGCUGAUAAAGCGCAUCGAGUUUAUCAAGAUAUGACGCGACCAAUCACCGAUUAUUUCAUUGCUACAUCGCAUAAUACUUAUAUACGUGACAGUCAAGUGUAUGGUGACUGUACACCCGAAACAUAUAUUCAUGCAUUACGAACAGGCUGUCGUGCUGUAGAAAUGGAUUGUUAUGAUGGCGAAGAUGGUGAACCGAUUGUCUAUCAUGCAAAUACCUGGACUAAAGCAAUCACUCUGCAUGAAAUUCUUUUUGCUAUUGAAACGCAAGCAUUUGCGGUUUCACCGUAUCCACUCUUUUUGAAUAUUGAAAAUCAUUGUUCAUAUGAGCAGCAAGGUGUGAUGGCAAGACACUUAAAGCGUAUAUUUAAAGAUCGUCUGUUAAAUGAACCGCUAAGGUCAAAAGUCGAUCGAUUACCAUCUCCAGAGGAUUUGAAAUAUAAAGUACUUAUUCGGAGUCGACGAAGUCCAAAAGGCAAAGUAGCAGCUGACCCGAAAUCUAAUCGAAGCGACGACGAAACCGAACCAAAUCCUAAAAGUUAUCAUCCUGAAUUUGCUAAGUUAAUUAUCUAUGCCCAAAUUGUCUCAUUUACGAACAUCGAGCAUACAAUAUCGACACAGAAAUGUAUCCAUUCAAUUUCGUUCAAAGAAUCGAAAGCAGAUGAUUUAAUCGAAGCCGAUUCACCCGAACAUUUAGAUAUGAUCAAGCUAACAAGCAAACAUCUAGUACGGGUUUAUCCCGGAACCAAACGACAAAAUUCAAGCAAUAUAAAUCCGAUGACUUACUGGGCUUAUGGGGUACAAAUGGCUGCAUUGAAUUAUCAAAAGAAUGAUGAAUCAAUGUGUCUUCAAUAUGGCUUUUUUAGUGAUAAUGGUGGAUGUGGUUAUUUACUCAAACCAUCAUUUCUACUUUCCGACAAUCCAACAUUCGAUCCAAAAAAUGCCGUCCAGAGAAAGGCGAAACGUUUCACAAUACAGGUGAUUAGCGGACAACAUCUACCAAAGGAAAAAAAUGCUCCGAGUGAUUCGGAUAUCUCUGAUCCGUAUGUCGAAAUCAGUACAUAUGGUAUUGAAGUAGAUUCAACCAAACAUCGUACACCUGCUGUACGAAAUAAUGGCCUAAAUCCGAUUUGGAAUUACAAAUGUCAUGUAGAUAUUUAUUGUCCGGAGUUAUGUUUACUCAAAUUUCAAGUACGUGAUGAGGAUCGACAUAGUGGCUCGUCAUUUCUUGGCCAAGCUUGUUAUCCAUUUACUGCACUACAACUCGGCUAUAGGCACAUUAAAUUGAAAGCCAAAGAUGGUGAUUACAUUCAUGGAACUAUUUUCGUCCAUAUUAGUACAGAAGAUUUAUAA